CUCUCGCCUCACCUGCAAUUUGCUAAGGUCCUCUACUUCUGCGUCGGAUCUCUGAGGUUCGACAGGUUACUUGUUGACCCUUCUCCGCACACCUUUUGUUUGUCCUGCGCCGAACUCGUGACUGAAAUGGCUGGGGGAGGAAUGAUUCGGCAGUUGCUGAGGAAAUUUCCAUCACAAUCUUCAACCCCUCCUUUGUCCUCCUCCCUUAUUUCGAAGAAUGAGGAAGCUGGCUUUGCUGGUAUGAACUCCUUUAGAAGGCUUGCACUCCUUGGAGCAGGCAUUUCUGGGUUUUUCAGUUUUGCAACUUUGGCAUCUGCUGAUGAGGCUGAACAUGGUUUGGAGUGUCCGAACUAUCCCUGGCCUCACCAGGGCAUUUUGAGUUCAUAUGAUCAUGCUUCGAUUCGUCGUGGUCAUCAAGUUUACCAACAAGUGUGCGCAUCUUGUCAUUCCAUGUCUUUAAUAUCAUACCGUGAUUUGGUUGGUGUUGCAUAUACUGAAGAGGAGACAAAAGCAAUGGCUGCUGAAAUUGAGGUAGUUGAUGGGCCCAAUGAUGAGGGUGAAAUGUUCACUCGUCCAGGUAAACUCAGUGACCGGUUUCCUCAACCAUACGCAAAUGAACAAGCAGCUAGAUUCGCUAAUGGUGGAGCAUACCCUCCGGAUCUAAGCCUUAUCACAAAAGCUCGUCAUAACGGUCAGAAUUAUGUAUUUGCCCUUCUUACUGGUUAUCGUGAUCCACCUGCUGGUGUUUCGAUCCGAGAUGGUUUGCACUAUAACCCUUAUUUCCCUGGGGGAGCAAUUGCGAUGCCUAAGAUGCUUAAUGAUGGAGCUGUUGAAUAUGAAGAUGGUACCCCUGCGACAGAAGCACAGAUGGGAAAAGAUGUUGUAUCGUUCUUGUCAUGGGCUGCUGAACCAGAAAUGGAAGAAAGGAAACUGAUGGGAUUCAAAUGGAUCUUUGUGCUCUCUCUUGCUCUACUUCAGGCCGGAUAUUACCGCCGAUUGAAGUGGUCAGUUUUGAAGUCCCGCAAGCUGGUUCUUGAUGUAGUCAAUUAGCUAUCUGCCUUUGAGUUGCUUCUAUUAUUUUGCUUCUGGGAAGAAAUGAAUUGGCAAUAAUUAUGUGUUAGAAUGUAAUGUUUCUUGCGAAGCAAUUUCUUCUUUGAAUCAGUUAAUUUGCAGCGAAAUGACCUGCAAGUGUCGAGUUCCUCCUUUUUGACGGAAAUAAACUGCUUCUCAUACGCCUAAAUUCAUUAUUUUUGUGGUACAAUUGACACAGCUGAGCUGACAUUUUAUGUUUGGUAUAUUUGUUUGACCGUAAGAUUUGUAUGGUGAACAUUGAAUUUGAAGGGUUCUGAUC